AUCACAAAGAGCUUCCUAAAUCUUCAGUCUCUCACUUUAUUUCACUUUCCAAAUCCAAUCAAAAGCAAUGAUUGUACAAACCACAACCAAUUCCUUCACAUUUUCAUCUCAACCCAUUUCAAGAAACAAUCUUUUCUUCAAAAAUCUCACCUUUUUCACUUCUCCUUUGUUACCCAAAUCUUUUUUACCUAAUCUUGAUUACAAGUUUUAUUUUGGUAACAAAAGGAGCUCACUUAGUGUUGCUAAUGGUAGAACUAAAACAACCAUUCAAUCUACUUUGCUUGAAGCUCCUGUCAUAUGGGCUGGUAGAGUUUGUGUUUUUUAUGCUCUCUUGAAAGCUGGCUUAGCUGGAUCUCCUUCUAAUCCACUUGUCUCAGAUUUGGAGACUGAUGGGAAUGCUGAUUUGGGUUUUGCCAAAUGGUUUGAAGAGUUACAAAGCAAACCAGAGAAGGAAGCUUCUGACAGAAGGAAAUUAGUGAGCAAAUGGCAUCCCACUACUAAGGGAACACUUAGACGAAAUUACAGGAUACCAUCUAAAGUUGAAGGGCGACGCCUUCUCAAAGCCAUCGCUUCCUUGUUAUCAGACGAUGACCACUUCAGAGAUGCCACUUCUCACAAGGGUUGUCAGAUUAGGAGGGAGACUGCUCAUGGAGAAAGUGUCUGUUGCAACAAUGUGCGAGCGUUGUUUGAUGAGCUCCCUACGCCACAUCUUACUGUCGAGAUCACCCCUUUCCCUGCUGGUCCUCUAACAGAAAAUGACUAUGCAAAAGCUGAAAAACUAGAGAGGGUACUUAGAUCAGGUCCUUCUGUCUGAUUACAGUUUGUCAUGUUGAACUCCUUUUUGUAUGUAUUUCUUCUCUUUGUACAUAAGCAAGAAAACUUGUGCAAUGUUUCUACACUUCUAUUAAGCAAACUAUACUAAUGAAGCAUUUUCUAAUGCUUUAUUUUCCCAGACUUA